UCUACAUUUUAUAUAAACAACAAGUGCCACCCCACUCAAACACAUCAUAUUCUUCAAUAUUCUUCAUAUCACCUUUCAAACACACCAAAUACCUUUCCUUCUCAACAAUGGCGAUGGCUUUCAAGAUGGCAACCACUGGAAUCUGGGUGACUGAUGAAUGCAAGAACUCCUUCAUGGAGAUGAAGUGGAAGAAGGUCCACAGGUUCAUAGUGUUCAAGAUCGAUGAGAAAUCAAGAUUGGUCACCGUCGAUAAGGUUGGUGGUCCCGGCGAGGGCUAUGAUGAGCUUGCUGCUUCAUUGCCCAACGAUGACUGUAGAUAUGCCGUUUUCGACUUCGACUUUGUCACCGUCGAUAAUUGCCGGAAGAGCAAGAUCUUCUUCAUUGCUUGGUCUCCAACAGCAUCAAGAAUUAGAGCAAAAAUCCUAUAUGCAACCUCCAAAGAUGGAUUGAGAAGAGUGCUGGAUGGUAUCCACUAUGAAUUGCAAGCAACUGACCCAACUGAGAUGGGAUUUGAUGUCAUAAGGGAAAGAGCCAAAUAAAUUUGAUUAACAAAUAAUAUAUUUACAUUAGCUUAAUAAUUAUAUAAAUAUAAUUAUGUACUAGCAUUAUUAUCAUCUUACUUCUUUUUCUUAAUAAUUCCAACCAGCUGAUGUGCUGUUGUCGUCUUGGUGCUGCUUUAAUUUUCUUUUUUUUUUUUUCUUGAUUUUUGGCACUAAUGUAUCUUUUAAUCUAUGAUAAUAAUUAUAAUAAUAACAAUAAUUAUCUGUCCUUUGUA